AUGGCCGCCGUGGAGGUGAUGCCCACCAAGGAGCAAGCGGUCGACGACGUGCUCUCCCACAACGGCGCCUACGGCCGGCUAGGGGAUGUCUACCGGGCAUUUCAGGAGCGGAGAGAGGCAUUGGGGCUGUCCAAUCCCGGUGUGGUAGAGAGCAUUGCGCGCGAGGUGCAGCGCGAUGUCUUCCUGAACAACUCGAGCUUCUCUGGCCUGCGGGCCGAGCUCACCAAGGCCUUCAGCGCCGCCCCGCUCUUCCAGGUCGCCCACUCGCUGUCCAUGGGAUCGCAGCUGCAGCCGCCCUACUCAUACAUGGUCCUCUACGGGUCGCCGAGGAUUUUCAUGCAGGGCAGUCUCGACAAUGACCUGCAGUUCUCCGGUCGCUUCAACUGGCGCUGGACGUCGGCCCUUGUCAGCAAGACGGCCGUCCAGCUCACAUCGCAGGGCAACAUGGUCUCGCUGGAGAACGACUACACCGGCGCCGACUUCUCCGCCUCGCUCAAGGCCGUCAACCCCUCCCUCCUCGACGGCGGCAUAACCGGCAUGAUCAUGGCGAGCUACCUGCAAGCCGUCACACCAAGGCUGUCCCUCGGCAUCGACGCUUUCUGGAGCCGCCCCGCCACCGCAUACCCACCAGAGCUCAACGUCUCGUACGCUGCGCGAUACAGAGCUGCCGACUGGAUGGCGUGCGGACAGAUCAUCCCGGAUCGCGGGGUGCUAGAGGCCUCCUACUGGCGCAGGCUGACCGACAAGGUCGAGACGGGCAUCAACUGCAACCUCGCCUUUGCCGGCAUCGGUCCUGGAGGCCCCAUGGCAGGUCCCCAGAAGGAGGGCCAGGUCACCAUUGGUGCCAAAUACGACUUCCGCCAGUCGUCCUUCAGGGCGCAAAUCGACAACCAGGGCAAGGUCUCGUGUCUGCUGGAGAAGAUGAUUGCGCCGCCCAUCCGCGUAACUUUCUCUGGCGAGAUUGACCACAAGCAGGGCCCACAAGCUGCCAAGCUCGGUCUGGCCGUCGCGAUAGAAGCCGCCGACGAGGCUGUCAUGGAACAGCAAGAGAUCCCCGGCGCCGCUGUCCAGGCUGGCGCAAUCCCCUUCUAG